AUGUCUAGCUGCGUCGUGGAUCUCCCUGAAGAUAUUAUACUCAAGAUUCUGUGCCGUUUGCCGGUCAAAUCUUUGAUCCGGUUCACUUGUGUCUCGAAAGGGUGGCGUUCUCUGAUCAUUUCUGAUCCUAAAUUUGGAAAAUCUCACUUCCAACUUGCUUCUCAGCAGAGAACUCUCCGUAGAAAAGUCCUCCUCACCUCCUACCCUACACUCAGAGAGCCAGGUUGGAAGAAAUGGGCUGAAGUUAAGUUACCCCCUCUGUUUCAAUCCUUAGAGGAUAAAUUUUCAGUCAAGAAUUUCACAUUCCCAACUGAGGAGAUUGAGCAUUUGGAAGAAAUGGGCUCCUGUAAUGGUUUGGUACUUGUAGGCCGACCCUGUGCCGAUCAUUUCAAGAGCUUGUCUAUCUGGAACCCAUCUACUGGAUUCUUCCGCAAGAUACCUCAUCCAAGGUUUGGGUUGAAGUCAGGUAGUUACUUUCUGAAUUAUGGUUUUGGGCAUGUGUCCGCCAGCGACGACUACCAAUUUGUCUCCGUAGUACCUGUUCCCAGUAAUAUGCUGGAAGUCCAUAUCUUAUCUCUGAGUGCCAACAUUUGGAAAGUUAUUACAGCUCCUUUCCCCUCGUCCAGGCCAUGCUGGGUUAGUAGACAGGGGACUUUUUCAAAUGGAGCAAUUCACUGGGUCAUUCCCCGCAGAAAGGAGAAUCCGGAUCCAGUUAUCUAUGCGUUUGACUUGGGAGAGGAGGAGUUGCGGCGAGUGCCAUUGCCACCUGUUUUGUGGCAAGAUGAAGAAGACUGGAAUCCAACAAAGAUAACAACUCUGGUUCAUUUAGGAGGAUACCUUUGCAUAUGGUCUCAGAAGCGUUAUGGUACUCAGGGAGGUGAAGUUUGGGCGAUGAGAGAGUAUGGGGUGCCUGAAUCUUGGGUUAAACUCUUUCAAUUUAAUGCACACAAUUUCCGCGAUGUCUUUGAUGUAGAACGCAGUCCAUGGGAUCUGUGUUUCAUUACAGAAAGCGAUACAAUGGUGUUAAGACUGACUAAGGAGUUGUUAUGGAUUGAAUGCCAUAAUGAAGAGAAGCCGGUCUGCAGUGGAAGGUAUAGGCUUGAGAAUGUACAACCCAGGGUGCCGAACCUGGUGUUUUAUUUUCGCGCGACCGUAUAUGAUGAAACUCUAGUUUCUGUAGCUGAAUGA